CAUUCAAUGCAGACAUGUUUGUAUUGACUGCCAUAUAGUAAAUGUGGGAAAUUGAUGGGAUUUUCAAAACUCCCUUUUCCCCUUUCAUUUAUUCGUUUCUCUCUUCCUUUUACUUUUGCUCUGCAUUUACUUCCAUCUGAGAGAAUGUAUGAACAAAGUGGAGGAGUAGUUGGUGGAGUUGUUGGAUGCUGUUUUCUGCUCUUAUGUUUCCUCCUAUGCCUUAAUCCAACAAUGUCCUUUUGUUUUUUCAUAUUUCAUCUCUCCCAUUCUCUUGUCAACUUCCUUUUUUGUUUGAUUGUUUUUGUUCUUACAAUCAUCUUUCUGGGCUUGUGUCUGGAUAUUGAAAUGCUUCCUAGGUUUCUAUAUCCAAGCUUUAUGAAAAUGGGUAUCUGGGAUUUUUCAGUAAUCUUUGGGAUUCUAAGUUCAGAAAAGCAAAAGUCAUCUUGUUUGGGAUAACUUUGAAUCUGGGUUUUGCAUCUUUUUUGAAAUUUUGAAUGAGUUGUUGUUGAUGGAGCUGAAAUUUGAAAUAAAACCAUUUUCAGUGAUGGGCCCUUGAAGAAAGUUAAGGGGGUUCUCCUCUGAUCGCAUUAAAGGGUGAUAAAGUAAAGGCUUCUCUGCAAUGUACCAAAAGUUGAGCAAUGUGACCUAAUGCAUUGCCCUUACUAAGUUUAAUUGAAAAACCAAAAGCGAAACAAAAGAGAAGCAACUGAUUCCCCACACUUUUUUUUUCACUCUAUCUCGGAAAAUCGGAAACUCUCCUUUUGCUUUCGAAAUUGGUAGUUUAAAGCCUGAGUUUCUUGAAGCAGAGGUGUACAAUUUCUUUGGUUUUAUGUAGAAUUCAUGCAUCUUUCACUAUGGAAGCCGUUGUCCCAUUGCGCUGCUUUAAUCAUGGACAAGAAAACAAGAAGACGACAUGGGUCUGGAGUAACAGAGAGGCGAAAAUCGUCUAUUCUCAGGCAAUUGCAAGAAAACAAGCUCAGAGAGGCAUUGGAAGAAGCUUCUGAAGAUGGGUCUCUCGCAAAAACUAGAGACAUUGACUGUGAAUCGCCAAAUCAGGACAGGAAUGUUCGACGGUCAAGAUCUUUCGCUCGGCUUCAUGCUCAAAAGGAGUUUCUACGCGCCACCGCACUCGCCGCGGACCGGACUUAUUGCAGGGAGGAUUCAAUUCCGAAUCUCUUUGAUGCUUUCACCAAAUUCCUCACUAUGUACCCAAAAUUUCAAACGUCGGAAAAAAUCGACCAGUUGAGAUCAGAAGAGUAUGAACAUCUUUCAGAGUCGUUCUCGAAGGUAUGUCUUGAUUACUGUGGUUUUGGUUUGUUUUCUCACAUUCAAACACAACAAUUUUGGGAAUCUUCUGCGUUCUCUCUCUCUGAAAUCACUGCCAAUUUGAGCAACCACGCGCUAUACGGUGGCGCUGAGAAGGGGACGAUUGAACAUGAUAUCAAGACUAGGAUUAUGGAUUAUCUGAACAUUUCUGAGAAUGAAUAUGGGCUUGUUUUCACAGUCAGUAGAGGAUCGGCUUUUAAGCUCUUAUCUGAGUCUUACCCUUUUCAUACUAAUAAGAAAUUGCUGACUAUGUUUGAUCAUGAGAGUCAAUCUGUGAGUUGGAUGGCUCAAAGUGCUAAAGAGAGAGGUGCAAAGGUUUAUAGUGCAUGGUUUAAGUGGCCAACAUUGAGACUCUGUUCAAGGGAGCUCAGGAAACAGAUUACAAACAAGAGGAAGAGGAAGAAGGAUUCUGUUGCUGGACUCUUUGUAUUUCCUGUUCAGUCCAGAGUUACAGGAGCAAAGUAUUCUUACCAAUGGAUGGCGCUUGCCCAGCAGAACAAUUGGCAUGUAUUGCUUGAUGCAGGCUCACUUGGUCCUAAGGACAUGGAUUCAUUGGGACUUUCUCUCUUCAGGCCAGAUUUUAUCAUCACCUCGUUUUAUCGUGUUUUCGGGUCAGAUCCAACUGGGUUUGGCUGCUUGUUGAUCAAGAAAUCUGUUAUAGGGAGCUUGCAAAGCCAAUCUGGGCGCACUGGUACAGGAAUGGUGAGGAUACUUCCCAUUUUUCCUCAGUAUAUUGGUGAUUCGAUUGAUGGUUUGGACGUCUUGGCUGGAAUAGAAGAUGAUGUAAUCAAUGAGGAUUCUGAAACUGAGAAGCAUCCGGAGUCACGAAUGCCUGCUUUUUCGGGUGUUUUUACACCGAACCAGGUGAGGGAUGUGUUUGAGACUGAGAUGGAGCAUGAUAAUAAUAGCUCGGAUAGGGAUGGGGCUAGUACCAUUUUUGAGGAAGCUGAGAGCAUCUCAAUUGGUGAGGUUAUGAAGAGUCCAAUCUUCAGUGAGGACGAGUCGUCAGACAAUUCAUAUUGGAUUGAUUUGGGUCAGAGUCCCUUUGGUUCUGAUAAUUCUGACCAUCUGAUCAAGCAAAAAACAUGGUCACCCUUACCACCAUCUUGGUUUUCUGGAAAGAGGAACAAUAGGAAACGUUCGCCAAAACCAGCAUCUAGGUUGUUGAAAAGUCCGAUGUGCAGCAAUGAUAAGCGAGCAAAUGCAAGGCACCGUAAUGAUUCGGUGUUGUCAUUUGAUGCAGCUCUAUUAUCAAUGUCACAGGAUUUCAGCUGUGUGCAGGGGAUCCCCGAAGAAGAACAAUCUGGAGAGCAAGACUCUUGCUGUGGAAAUGUUGGAAGUUUGAGGGAUUCUCAUGUUGUUAGUGAGAUUCAAGAGGAUUCAGAAACUGGAGAAGAAUCGGCUAGGUUGAGUUUUGCAUCAAAUGGAAUCCAUCCUGCAAAUCAUACUUCUGAGUUUUGGGAUCUGAAGCGUUCGAAUUCCACAACAUCUGGUGCCUUCAAUGACCUGAAGGAAAGUGCCAUAAGAAGAGAGACAGAGGGGGAAUUUAGACUCUUGGGUAGGAGAGAAAGGAGUAGAUUUUCUGAACAUGGGUUCUUUGGUUUAGAAGAGGGAGAUAGAGCGAUAAGCAUGGGUCGCCGAGUAUCAUUUAGAGUAGAAUAUAAUGAAAAAGAAAGUUUGAACGAGAUGUUCGAGCUCGGUGAAGCAUCGUGUACAGCCUUUGGCAAUGAAGAAUCAACGAGUGAUGGAGAAUACGUCGAUGAGCAAGAAUGGGGAAGGAGGGAGCCUGAAAUGAUUUGCCGGCAUCUUGAUCAUAUCGAUAUGUUGGGCCUCAACAAGACUACCCUACGUCAAAGGUAUCUCAUUAACUGGCUUGUCACUUCGCUACUUCAACUCCGAUUACCCGGGCAAGAUGAUGUAGGGGUUCAGCUUGUACAACUGUAUGGACCAAAGAUCAAGUAUGAAAGAGGUGCUGCUAUUGCUUUCAAUGUAAAAGAGAGCAAUGGUAGAGGGCUAAUACAUCCAGAAGUUGUACAAAAACUAGCCGAAAAUAAUGGAAUAGCUCUUGGAGUUGGCAUUCUCAGCCAUGUGCGGGCAGUGGACGUCCCGAAGCAGAAUUCUGGACAGUAUGAUCUCGAAGACAUGGCAUUGUGUAAACCUAUGGGUAAUGGCCAUAACAGGAAGAAACUAUUUUUCCGGGUCGAGGUUGUCACAGCGUCCCUUGGAUUCCUUACCAACUUUGAUGAUGUUUAUAAAAUGUGGGCUUUUGUAGCCAAGUUUCUGAAUCCGUCAUUUCUUGAAAACAAUACUUUGUCUUCCGUCCCUGAGAGUUCGGAAUCCUAUCACCGGAGCAUGUUUUAGAGUGCGUUUAUCCUGGUGGAAAUUGGAAAGUUGAACUCAUUUAUCAGGAGAUGCUGCAAAGUAUAGCACAGCCUGCUAAAAGUCCAACUUUUCCUGCCAAGCAGAUGAUAAUUUGUUCGUACUGACUUAGACGACAAGCACACCGUUUGUUUCGAGUGAGCGUUUUUAAACUUUACCAUCCGUGCAUCGAUGCAGUGAAGGUUGUGGCCAUGUGCUGUGAAAUAUGAACUGGAUCACUUCUGGCGAAACAAAAAAGACAAGAGGAAAGGGUUUGGGUGGUCUCUGCCACUAAUUGAUCUUCUUAGUUUAGAAUAUACAAGAUUGGAAGCUCGGUAAGUUGGUGCUUUUUAACUUUGCCCACAGCUAAUUUACAAACUUCUUUGAAAUCUUUUGUGCAUUUUACUUAAAGAUAUAGAAUCUAUGGUCUUUGUUUUUGCCUUUGAUCUUCUAUUUUGAUUGCAUUUAUUUGUUUAAGGAUGCAUGAAUGUACAAUUAGGGAAAAACUUGGGUGCAACAUGGGCUAGUCCGACCCAUGUUUUUGUAGUCCACCUAGUUUGUACUCUGUCCAACUACAAUUUGCCACUUUGGCAAACCAUCUUUCUUCUUUUCCUUAGAUAUAUUUAUAUAUAUAUAUAUAUAUAUAUUUUCUUUGUUAUGAUUGGAAUUGGGGGCAAAAACAUUGGUAUGUACAGCCAGAAAGCAAUGAAAUCUUUCCCAUCUUGUCAA